AUGUCGAGCGUCCACCUUGUCCGUGGUCGACGAUGGCUCGGCUGGUAUAACUCGCCCGGGAGCUAUUACGUCGCGAAGAAAUACGGAGUCCUCGCCAAAUCCAGGGUCUGGGAUGGCCUGUAUCCUGGAGUAAACGUCGACCCGACGACAAUGUUGGAAUUGGACGGAAAAGUCGGUCCUCGUUACGUAGCAGCCCAUUCGGGCACUCGUAUGGAAAAAACGGGGCACCUAGCCUAUCUGUUGACCAGCCAUUACAGUGAUCUGGAGGUCGACGAGGUCAUACCCGAUCCUAGCGCCAAAUCGGAGGCGCACAUAACGAUUGCGUCGUUGGAGGAGUUCAAAGAAUUCGAGGGCUACCCCAAACUCCCUGCAGACCACCUUUCACCCUUCGACCCUGUCGCCAUUGUUCCCAUCGCUUUCAGCGUCGGCGCCUCCGUAAUGUGCGCCAUUUUCGGGGAUUGGUACUGCUUUGCAAUGAUCAUGCUGGGAGUCAUCUGCAACGGAGUGUCCUGCUUCGUUAUUGGAUCGGGGGUCCUUAAAAUCAAGCAACCAAACCCUUCACCACACUCACCGCCCGGUGACGGAGUUCUUUUCAAUGCGCCAGGAUCCCGAGUUGUUUUGUUGAAGGGAAGCGAAAAAAUUGUCAGCAGCAUUACCAGGGGAAGAUUUUACCUGGAGUACGAGAGUCAAUCCCAAUAUCACGAUAUUGGCUACAGUUCUGUUGCACUUACGAUGCAGUUCCUUCUCCAACUCUUCAUCGUUCCUCAAGGUCAACUCUUCGGACAAAUCAUGUUCCUUUCGUCUCUCGGGAUCUCCUGGAUAUUUAACGCAUAUUUGGCGUCGGUGGACAGGGAGGAUUUGCAGAAAAGAAUCCUGAUGCGGGUUCUCCUGCAGAAGCCGACAUUUCGAACCGUCGCACUGCCAAAAUGGACGUCGCUUGUUGUGUUUGCUGCCGUCUACCUGCAGGCUAAACCAGAGGGGACAAGGGGAUUAUUGGAGCAAUUGAUUCCGAACGACACGGCAGUCUGGAGAACAGUGAAGAGUGCUGUUGUGGAGGCCAUCGAGAGAAACGAAGACCCCAGCGCAAUUGUGGCCGAACGGAACCUGGACUAUCUUGACAAGCGGGAGAGGGGGUUGCUGGAGGACAUGAUGAAGCAGGCGAGCAUUGGAUACAACGCAGGGAAGGAUUUCAAACUAUAG